AAGCAUCGAACGAUUAACGACGAAACAAUGGCGCUGUGGACCUCGUUUUCCGUGGCUAUUCUUUUAAUCGGCAACGCGGUUGCUGAUAUUAUGCUGCAACCUGGUUACGGACAUCCGCAGCCCGCGUUCAAUUCGCAACCAUUAGUGCAACCACUGUCAACCCUUCACCACGGAGCAGAUAACGUGGCGUUCCAACAACAACGGGAAGCCUUUGAUCCAGGAUAUCAUUUCGAGCUUCAUCCGGUGUACGGACAUUUACAACAACAUUUACAGCCUGCCGAUGGAUCAGCAUUUAUACCGAGCCACGAUUUAUCACCGUAUAUGUCGAGGACAGCUUACAGACGAUUGACUGGUGGGAAGAUGGGUGGUCUUGGUCUUGUUGGACCGCCUGCGAUCCUUCCACACCAGUAUCUUCCUUUGGCAGUACAUAACCGACACAGACGAUCCAGCGAUGAUGAAUCCAGUGUUGGGGUACAAAGGGAGAAGCGUGACAAAUCUAAUGUGGCCGCGAAGUCGACCCUAAAUCAGGAUGUCCCGUCGGUCGUUGAUUUGCAAUCUCAGAACGGAGAGGCUACGAAAAAUUUGGAUGAAAAACGCGUCGAAGUCCGCCAGAGCAAAAAUGAUCAAGCGAACGCUGCUACCCUAUUAGGCAUAAACCCAUCAAGAAUGUACCCCGUGCAGAAUCACUACCGGUACGGGGAGCCAGACUUCAAUUCCUAUCAACCUAUCAUCAGCAGCCGUCUACCGAUGGUAGCCCAAUUAAAUACUCGAGCUGCGAUGCAGGAACAAACAACUUCGCAGCACCAAGCCGGAAGUUCGAUGCAAAACUCAGCACCCCGAAUGAACCCUGAAGAUUACCAGCAUGCUAUUCUGCGACAAGCGUACCAGGAACAACAACAACAACAACAACAAAACGGAAUGUUGCAGGCUACCGUACAAGAUCAAAGAAAUGCUCCUGACCCUAGACCAGUGUCCACGACCCCUAACUCGUCGACGGAGCCAAUGACUACGAGCGAGGACAGCAAGUCUGAAACCCUUGUAGCGGCCAGCAAUGUCGAGCCAAUCGACGAUAAAAACUUGAUGAGCUCAAGGUGCCACCACCAUCACCACCACGCGACAACAUAUCUACAUCACCAUGGGAUGUUCAGAGCUCCAAACACACCGGUAUCAACUGAGAAUUACGCUGGUUCCUGCAUGAGUCCCAACAAUUAUAUGGUCUACAACGACAACUACCAGACGUCGAGCAACGUACCGUUGACGCAGCUCGGUGGAUAUCAGUCAGCACAAGUUUAUCAGCUUUCAGCCAUUCCCCAAAGUUAUCCGACGAUUGGUGGCUACGUCUUCCUGCCAGAGGCUUACAACUACAUCAAUUCCGUCCCCAAUCACGACUGGAAAUAUCCUGCCGUCCCGCAGACAACAACAUAUUGUUUGCAACAGGCGAACACAGUACCGACCGUAGCGUAUCAAUUCAUGUGAAACACGAGCAAAGCAAAUCGAACGACCGAAUUAGAUUAAUAGUUUAUUUAUUACAUUUUAUACGAGACGCGAUAGCUGUUUAUUUUAUACCCCGUGGCUGUCGUCGAAAUCCGUCCAUUUAGUGGCUAUCAAUUACACGGUGUCGGCCAUACGGCAAUAAAAAGAGAUGAUCUUGGUACCAUUCAACCAGCCGAUGUAAUAUCUUCGAAUAAACAUACGA